CUUCCCUCUUAAAAUAAAAGCCGAUUCUUUCACAAAUUUUAUUAGCUCAGACACUAAACGUAAAACGAAAAAGAAGAGAAACCCAAAAGAGAGAAAUGUGUAGAUCGACGAGUUUCGAGCGUUAUGUCGAGAAAGAGAGCUUAAAGGUUAAAGCUUUCUACGUCCGCUUCACUGGUUUACCCACCAGUACCCGACAAUCUUUACCCGACUCUCUCACUCUUCUCUACCCACCUCGAAUCAACGAAGCUGCUUUCGAGCUCGACGGCUCCAAGAUCCGACCCGAUUCCCCUGCUUUCGUUACCCUCCACAGGGUCGUCAAAGGAGGAGACGUUAUCUACGGGUCUAGGGAACGUGUUCGUGUCUGGGAUGGGAUCCGUUUCGAGGUUUACAUGAGCGAGGAGAGGGUCGUCAAAGGUAUUUUCAGAAAAGACGAAGGAGAGAACUGGAAGCUAGAGUGUGAGUGUGAGAUGGAGGAGGAAGGGACGGCAGAGGUUGUUGUUGCAGCGGAGGGACACGUUGCGACGGCGACUAUGGCGAGGAAACAUAGACGGAGGAGGAAGCAGAGGAUUGGGUUCGAGUGUUUGGAGGAGAUACCGGAGGAGAGAGGGGAAGGGAAGGAAUCUGACGGCGGUUUGUGUUUUUGCACGUGUAGCGCCGGAGAAUCUGACGACGGAGAAGGAGAGUGGGAGGAGGUGGAAUGGACGGCUGAGAUGGAGUCUGAGACGGAGGGAAUGGGAUGGGCCGUUGAUUUGGGGAUUUGGGUUAUGUGUUUGGGUGUUGGCUAUUUGGUGUCUAAAGCCUCUACCAAAACCUUGACAAGUCGAAGAAGAAGAAGAACAACAAGAACUUUCUUCUAGUUUCUUUCUUGUGUAAUCAAAAAAUCAGUUUAACUUAAUUGUACAAUAACGUUCGAACAUAAUGUAAAAACCCAUGAUUUUGAUUACAAAGAUCCGUUUUAUUUGAA